AACUCAUGCGAGUUCUUCAAUUCAAUUGUGUAUCUAGUAAAAGUAGGAAAUAUUUUAUAAAUGAUUUUAUAUCAGAUUCAAGUAUUGACUAGAUACUUCUUUGGAGAAAAGCAUUCACAUCUUCGAAGUUAUAUCCUGUUAAUGGGCCUCCGUAGGCUACAAUAUAAUACGUCUGCUCAACCCAUCCAGCUACUUGACUCUUGUGAAACCAUGACCUUCGCGGUGACUCCACCUUAAGUCUCAUCUUCUUUAUGCUCUAACGCUUAGAUGACAUCUAGAUGUUACUGGAACUUUUCCAUCUGUAUCUCCGUUACAACCAAAAGAACCAGUCUUUUAAAAAGUUUUAAACUAACCAACUAGCAAUGAGUAAUGAUUAACUAUGUAUACUUAACUUGAACCAAACUCAAAUACACCAAUGUUACUGAUUUAAGGAUCGUAUUUAAUUGCAUUUAAAUAACAUGAAAAUUUUCGCUUAUUUCUGAUUGAUUUUGAUAUGAACAUGUUACAUGUAGCAUUGACCUGCAAGCUGUGUACGGAGAAAAAUAUUUAUGACGUUUGCAUGGAGUACGUUCUGCACAUCUUUUCUAUUGAGUCUUAAACUUGUAUGUGUUUAAUAUUACAUAUAGUUUGUAAGUGUCCAGGUUAUUUUAUAUCGUAUAGUUUCUUUUAAUUCACAAAUCUAUAUUCUCCAUAUCGUAAUAUGGUCUUGAAUGGAAUGAUGAAAUGGAUCUUUAAAUGGGCACAGGUAAAAAGAAAAGACAGAAGAAGGAAAAUCUCUAAUUUCUCCAUAUAUUUUAUUGUACUGAGUAUGACUUUUGCAAAUUGCUAAAAUAUAUCCUGAUUAAUUCGAAUUGGUCAUCCCGAAAACAUCUAAACGAAGAAGUCCGACGUAGAAGUUGGGAACGUGGACGCUACGAUACUUUUUUUCUUCUUUUAAACCUUACCUUACUUUGGUUUUAUCUUUUUUAUUAUUAAAUUAAUCUUAUCAACAUGAAUAUUUGUCCAAAUUUUUCCACUGUUUGUUUUUCUUACUGUUAUUAUCUUUAUAAUUAUUUUACUAAGUAUGGUUCUCUAUUGUAGACGAUUUUGCUCAUAUAUCGUCUGAACUAGUGACGUCAUAAAUAAAAGACAAGACACUGUCACUAUUUUUGAAUAUUCCAACUUAUGCAGAUGACCUUUAUGCAUAAUCUUAAAUUUGGAAUACCAAUUCCAAAAGGCAAAUGAAAGUGGACAUUCCUUUAAUUCUCACUUAGUAUUUCUUUGUUGAAAGAUAAUAAUGUGUUCUUAAGAUGUUUUUUUUAAGGAUUUUUUUUUAAAAAAAAAAUUGCUUGUAUAUAUAUAAUUAGUUGUUGACUUUCAUGUGUCUGUUGUCUUUUUUUUUAUUUACUUCAUUUCCUAUCUAUAUUUUGCCCAUAUUUGUUAUCUUUUUAUUUCUGUAUUACCUUAUAAAAUUUUGCUUUAGCAUUUUUUGCGAUACUAUACAACUCACUGUACAGUAAUUUAUCACAAGUAUUCGUUCAAAAUUUGUAAUAAUUUAUGGCACCGUGAUAUCUCCGUCGUAUCUUCGAAAUCAGUAGUCAGGAAUUAUUAUUUUAAAUGAAAUUAAAAAAGGGAUAAAUUCCAACCGCUCGGAGCGAUAUUUCAAAGUCUUAACACGAAUGCACAACGACCCUUUCCUUCAGUUCGACUUCAAUGGCGAAAACCGAGAAGAGAGCCAGAGAAAGAACCGUGUCUUCUUCGUAUUUUCUAGGAUGUUUUGGACUCUCCCGGAAAAUAUACUCCGACAAUGCGAAGGUUGCGGCGGAAGUGGGUUGCGAGAUGAAGAAGAAAAAGAAGCGAAGUCGGUGGCUUCUAUGUUCUAAGUUUCGCUCUAAGAACAGAGAGAUCAAACCGGCGCCGAUCGAGGAAACGGAGAUAACUACUUCAAGUGUAGAAGAUGAAACUGAUAAGAAGAAUCCCGUUUCAGUGAUAAGUUGUAUCAUUACUGAUCGUACGAAUGUUCCGGGUGAUGAUAAGGCCGUGAAUCAGGAAACAAAUGAGACAAAACCGAAGGAGUUACGAGACGUAACCACCGACCGAUCAAAACCCAUUGAACAGUUGGCUUCCUCUAGAAAAGACACGCGUCCUGAACGAAUAUCCAACAUGAAACCGUCUCGUGAAACAACCGGUUCACGGGUCAGAAAGUUUGACCCGGUUAUUGGAAUUUCGGUCAUUAUAUUGACGCUGGUGAUCAUGUUAGUUUGGGGUCGAGUCUUUGCGAUUCUCUGUACAUCCGCUUGGUGUUAUUCUCUACCUCGUCUCAGAAACGUGGCCGCGUUGGUAAAACGCAGCGCUAGCGACGGUUCUGCACGUUUGAAUUCUUAGUCGUAUAAAAGAAAAGUCGUUUCGGACGUGUUUCUUGGACGGCAAAAUCGCGUUUCGUUGUAGUGACGAUCGAUCUCUUUUUUUAUUCGUUGUUUUCUAAUAUAUUAUAAUUGUGUCAUCACUUUUUUUUUAAACGAUGGAUAAACAUUGUCUCCGUUUUCGGUUGUGAAUGGAUACAUCAAGUGAAUAAUAUAUUGUCUGUGGUUUUUAUAUAGAAGUCAAUAUUUAGCGGCCUA